AUGCCAAAGACUCGAGCAACCACGAAGGCCUCUGCGAAGGCCCAACCAGACCGAGUGGCAUCCUCCAGCGCUAGUCCAACCGCCGCCCCCGCGGCCGACGUCGCUCUCGAGCGCUUCCCAACACCCUACGAUGAGUACAGCGACGAGGUCAACCAUGAUGAAGGAAGCUCCGAGCAAGUUAUCCAAUCACCCCAAUCCCCACCGUCCAAGCGAUACCAAUACCCUCCUGUCGGACGCGAGCUCAGUCGCAAGAAACUCCCCAACGGCGAGAUCGUCAUCGAGCGCGACAUUGUGUCGCCGUUCUACCUUCAAGAGAUGAACGAUGAACUCCACGCGGAGCAAGGGCGCCUUGUCCACGAGCUACAUGGGCUUCAGGAAGAGCUGAAGGACGCCUUGCACGCCAUGAAGAUCGUCCAAGUGCGCUUGAAGCAAGAGUCAAAGGCGACGGAGGAAGCAGUGGGGAAAAUGAAGACGUUCGCCGACCCAGCGAAGAUGGAGUUGUUGAAGCAGCUGUUUCUGGAGGAUGUAAUUGAUGAAAGCGAUUCAGAGGACGAGGAUAGAGCACAGGAGGACGACGCAGACGAGGAAGAGCAAAGCGAGAAGACAAAGGAACAUGAUCGACAGAACGUCGAAUCCACCUCGGCACUCGACGAAAAGGCAUCCUCCUCACAAAAACGCCGACGCGAAGAAGAGGACGACGAUUCGGACGAGGAACGAGAGGUCGAACGGUCUGUCGAAUACUCCCCAGAUUCAUCUUCCUCGGGAGCGUCUACUCCAACCCCCAAGCGUCGCCGAGUCGACGGAACCCCCUUCAAAGACAUCGAGUACAGCCCCGGCCGCAGCGGCAGCGAGACAGACUCGGAUACCAGCGACGAACCUUACCUCACCGAAGGCGGCUCGCACCACACCGAAUUCAGCGACUUGUCGUCGCCUGGCACCGACGGUUUCCGAGCGAAGGAGGACGGCGAUGACUCGGGAGACGACGGUCCCGACAAUAUCAUCUACCGCAAAGACAAAGCUACCGGCGAGUAUCGUUGGGGCUUUUUCCUGAAGAUCACACCCAUCGAAUGGGUGCCGACUACCCGCGCGGGUACCCAGCGAAGGCCACCCUCGCCCAAAUUGACCGACGCAGACCUUGACGCCAUCGAAGAUGCAGGAAUGUUCACUGAAGAAGACGCCCGACAGAGGGAGGCCGCACAAUGGGAUCCCGACGGUUUCCGCAUCCCCGGUCUGCCUAUCCGCCGUUCGCCUGGAGAACUGAUCAUCCCAAAGGCUACGAUCGGUCCCGAAGGCACUGUCUACGAAGUCCAGCACAGCGACCUCGCCAUCCUCUUGUCCCCCGUUGAAGCCGCGAAGCCAUCUACCACCCAUACGGCCUGGGGAUCGCCCUUGUCUUGGUUCAAGAAGAAAGCGAGCAAGAAAGGAAAGGAACCGGUCUCCCCAUCUCCUCUGUCGAAGUCGCACGUCGCGGGUGAGGAUGAGGAUGAGGGAGAUGAAGAUGAAGAAGGAAAAGGCAAGGGGCCGAUGCCUCAUCUGUCACAGAAGCAAUACGAACGCCUGUUGUCGAAGGCGUACAACCGCGAGAAGGAGAGGAUGGCGAGCGUGGCUGGGUCGUCCAGCGGGGGCCAGGCUGCCCCCACCGCCACCGCCGCCAGACCUCUCGUGCGAGAUGAACGGGAGAUCCAGCAAGACCCAAUGACCCAGAUGCUCUCCAUCCUCAACCCUGGCGAGAAUGACAUGAUCACCCUCGUCCCUGGAACCCCGAGCGGCGCUGCCGCCACUACCUCUGGCUCUCAGCCUGCCGCUGCAUCCACCUCCGCCGCCGGCUCUGUCAGGCCUCUUCGCCGAGACGAGGAGAUGCUCUACCACGACAAGGCCACUGGACAACUCUUCGUCGUUGAAUGGGAUCCUUUCCGUGAGUAA